AUGUCCGCUGAAGCUGAAACUGCUUCCAGCGACUACGUCCGACUUCACAUCAGCCCUCUCGAUCCCGAGCUCAUCAAGGUCGUCCUGUCGGCCUCUGCAGCUCCCAAGGCGCGAAACAUCUCUUACCAUACGAUCGACACUUUUCCCGAGCACCGCUACGGCUACGUCGAAUUGCCCACCAUGGAGGCUGAUAAGUUGAAAAAGAAGCUCCAUGGCUCUGUCCUCAAGGGCAGCAAGGUCCGUGUCGAAAAGGCCCGCCCAGAGAACAAGAUCGAGCCUACUGCCGAACUUGACAAGCAGGACGAGGAAGAGGAGAAGAAGCACAAGAAGCACAAGGAGUCAAAAGAGGAGAGGAGAAAACGAAAGCGCAAUCCCGACAUUCUCGAGGGUGUUGCUCUGACAGACCGCAAAGUCAAGAGAGGCUGGACAGAGAAUGCCGACCAAAGAAGGAAAAAGAGCAGGCUGGACAAAGAAAAGGAAAAGGACGGCAAGUUCACAGAAAAGAAGAAGCGCCUAAAGUCAAAGUACACAGAGGGAGAUGAGUGUCUGCUCAAGACAAAGGUCCCUCCCAAUCUCACCUCCACCCUUCCCGAGGACGACCAGCCCCGGAAGCGCAAGAAGAGUGGCAAGGGUCGCGAGGUGGUGGUUCAUGAGUUUGAAAAGACGACAAAGUUCCCCAGCUUCUUGAAGAACUCUGCCGACGGUGAAGUCAGCGCGGCGACUGAGUAUGUCGAGGGUAAGGGCUGGGUGGACGAGGAGGGCAGCGUUGUUGAGACUGUCAAAGAGAAGAAGAAGGUCGGCGAGCCUGCGCCCAAGAAGAAGAAGGCCAAGAAGGUCACUCCUCCUCCGGUUGAAGAGUCAGACGAUGAAACCAGCGACAGCGGCACAAGCAGCAGUGGCUCGUCUUCAGACGAGGAAGAGGAUGAGAGCGAGGACGAAAUGGAGGUUGAUGCCACAGUAGAGAAGAAGAAGGAAGAAAAGACCGCCAAGGCUACACCCCAAAAAGAUGACGAGUCCUCCUCCGACGAAGAAUCUCCUCAACAACCCCGACAAGCAACGCCUCCUCUCUCAGCCAUCAAAGCCGACGACAACAGACCCAUGUCCUCCAGCUCCUCCCGCGAUCUCACUAUCAAGAUACCCCCUCCUCUGACCCCCUCCACCAAGAUCCAUCCCCUCGAAGCCUUGUACAAACGUUCCAAUCCCGAGGAAAGCGCCACCGAGACGCCAGCCAAGAAGGAAGCCGAGCCAUUCAGCUUUUUCGGCGGCGGCGAUGACGACGACGAUGAUAUCGAGGAACAAGAGGACCAAGACCCCGCCAACCAAACAAUCGCAACACCAGGUCCCAUGACUCCCUUUUCCCGCCAGGACUUCGAAUGGCGUGGCGUUAGAAGCGCUGCCCCUACACCUGACACGGCGCAUCCCUCGCGCAUGCGCAAUUUCUGGCCUGAGGAUGAGGAGGAGGGAGAUGAAGAUGCUGAUAUGGCUGAGCAUGGAUACGGGGAGGAGGAAGGAGAGAAGGAUGCUUCUGGUCCACAGAGCUCGAGUGAUUUCCAGGCUUGGUUCUGGGAUAACAGACGUGAUCUCAACAGGUCGUGGAUGAAGCGUCGUAAGACGGCGGCCAAGGAGAAGAGGCAUAGGGAGAACAAGGCUAGAGCCAGCAAGGCCGUGUAG